AUGAAAUUUUUCCCGAAUGAAAUUAACAACACCUACACCAAACUUGGAAAAAUUGGGAAAGGAGGCUAUGGGGUUGUUUAUAAAGUAAAGAAAAAAAAUACUUCUCAUGAUGAGUUUUAUGCAAUGAAAGUUGUUUCUAGUGCAUUGUCUGCUAAAAAAGAUGUUGAAACUGAAAUCAGAAUUCUGUCAGAUUUGAAAAAUCCUUAUUUGAUCCACCUAGAAGAUUUAGUUGUGUGAAAUGAAGAAAUUUUCAUAAUAACCGAAUUUUGUGAAAAUUUAGACCUUUGGCAUAAAAUAUCCAUAUGUAGGAUGAUAAGUACUAAUUAGCCUAAAUAAUAUUCAACUAUAAAUUUCAUCUAAAGAAGCAUAAAACAACUCGAUAAACAACUAAAAGAAGCAGAAAUAUGAAAAUAUUUCAUCCAAAUAUGCAUAGGAUUGGAGUGCAUGCAUAAAAACAACUUUAUUCACCGAGACAUUAAGCUAGAAAAUAUUUUGCUUGAUAAAGAAGAUAAUAUUAAAAUAGCUGAUUUCGGAGUUUCUCGAUUUCAAGAUGCCUCAACCUCUAAAGGUACACCAAGAUAUUUUCCCCCCGAGAUGUCACAGAAAGAGCCUGCCUCAGAAUCAAGUGAUAUUUGGGCACUUGGAUGCGUUUUAUAUUAUCUUUGCCAGUUGGAUCAUCCGUUCGGUGAAGAUAAAAUGGUGCCACAUAAUCCUAUUAGUGAUUGCUACUCUGAAAGCAUGAAAUAUUUUGUUGAUCAAUGUUUGCAAAAAGAUAAAUGCAGAAGGCCAAGAAUAUACGAUAUAUUAAGCCAUCCAAAAAUAAUUGGAGAAUCUCUUUCUCUAGGCAUCAGCAUUCCACAAGACUCAGUUUUAUUUCAAUCAAUUUUGAAGCGCACUUUACAACUGGCAGGGUUUAAUUGAAUUUUCGAUGAUUUUACUGUAGAAAUAAAGACUUUUGAAAGCUCUGAAGCAGCUCAGUCUCAUGAAUUAAUUGAAAUCAAAUCAAAAAUAGCCAGAAAAGAUGAAACACAAGAAAAUCAUUUUUUUGACAAUUCAGAUCAUUUUAGUGAAAAAGGAGUAUCUGGAGAGUCACGCGAGGAAAUUGCUAGUCAAGAUUGAUCUAAGCAUGAAGAUGACUCUGGAAAACUGCUGGAAAAUAGCUUUUUAACUUUUAGCUCUGAUUUUAAAAGAAGUUCACAAGAUAAUACAAUUAGCAAAGACCAUGACGAAGGUAAUGAUUUUAAUAUACUCAGAAUUCGUACAGAAAUAGAAGAAACUUUGUCUUAUGAAGAAGAAAAGACCCAGCAAGGCCAAUCUGAUGAAAAUUCUCUAUCUCUAUGUGAACCAAAUGAGAUGCUAUUUGUGAAGUUAAAAACAAAUAAUGUCUAUGCGUUAAAUUUACAAACUUUAGAUACUAAAGAAGUCCUUAAUCUGGAUAAGAAUACGAUGGGGUAUGGAUCUGUUUGAGUUCCUGGGAUCCAAUCAACUUUUUUCUAUGGAGAAGUCAUAGAUAUUUAUACAGGUAAUAUGCUAGGAACCACAUUUCUUGUUGAUAAAAAUGCAACUAUUAAAUAUCUAGCUAAUGGAAAGCCUGCAUCAUGAGUAGGUCUAGCAUAUCAUAAAAAUUAUGUCUAUGCGAUUGGUGGGUGAAAGACGCCUGUCUCAGAAAAGUAUAGUAUUUCUAAUGAAACUUGAGAAAGUUGCGCUCCACUUCUUUCAAAUCAAGAAUUUAUUAGUUCGAGCUGUGCUAGUUUUCAAGACCAUAUUUUAAUGGUUGCCUAUGCAUUCCAGAAAAUUAAAGUCUAUGACAUUAUUAAUGAUAGGUACAAAAAUGAUUUGGAUCUUAAACCAGCCUUAAGUGGCUGCUAUAAAAUGAUGUUUUGCUAUUGUGGGAGAUUAUAUAUAGCUGAAGCAUCAAGAAAUUUAUAUCAAAGCAGAGUGAACGAUUUUGACUUUUGGGAACAUAUUGGAGAAUGCAAGAUUGAUAACUUUGGACCGGUUUCUCAUUCAAUGAGUUUUAUGGACAAAAUUUAUAUAUAUCAAUAUGAAUCUACAUUGAUUGAGUUCAAUUUGAAAGCAAAAACACUGCUUAAGGUGUCUUCGAAAUAA